CUUUCCUCUUACUCUCCAAUAUACUUCUUCCUCCUCUUUUUCAUCAUACUCAUCUCUAAUAUUCAUCAUACUGCAAUACAACAAACAAACUACAAUGAGCGCCCAAUUCAACUUCAACCGCCUUCCCCACGAAAUCAUCAGCAUUGUCAUGAACCACCUACCUUUGAAGGAUCUUGUCCGUAUCGAGCGUACUUCUAAGCUUAUUCAGGACUUUUGUCUCGAAGAAAUCGAGCACCGGAUGUCAUCCGGAUCUGCAGCCCAAGAAUGGGGUCUUAUGAUUCAUCUCGGACAGACAAUCGCAUCGCCUUCCCAAUUCGACCCAAAGACAAAAACUAUCGCUUACUCCGUUCCGAUGGACCCUGUAAACAUCAACACCAUGUUCGACCACCGACGUCAGAUUCACUGUUCUCUUCUUCGACGCAUUCCAUCCACACCAAACUACAACCUCUCUGAACCAUUUGUAAUCACCAUCCAGAAGGGAAUGGCCGAGGGUCACACCGAACAACUUGACAUUCAGGGCAAACUAUGCCAGGUUCAAGCCUCAAUCACCCGUCUCGUAACACCUUCCCAAGAAGGCCAGGACGAUAAGAAUAAGAAGCUCAUCCUUGCUCCUGCUCCAUUAACAUAUGCCCUCCAAGUCACUCAAAUGCGUCUUCCUCUCUCAACUCUUGCCACCGUCUGCUAAACGUAUAUUAUCUAUUCUUUGCUUUGGCUGGUCCAAUCAAAGAAACUUGCAAAACAUCAUUCAUCUAUACCCAUACACAUUUCCAUUUCCAUUUCCAUUUCCAUUUUCACUCUUUUUCUUAUCAUUCUCUGUACAGUGUAUAUAUAUAUUUUGUAUAAUUCAGGCCUUGUCUACCAAAUUGAAACCAAAAUAAAUAAAUAAAUAAAUAAUAAACUCCCGUUGGUAUUACAAACUUU